GUGUAAGAAUUGGUAACCGCUGUUUUUAAAAUGGCUAUUUCUUUUUAAGAGAUAACAUUUAUUUCUAAAGUGAAUUAAAGAUUUUCAAAUUAAUUGUUUAAUUAAAUUACCAUCAUGCGAAUUACUUCGUGGAAUAUUAAUGGAAUUAGAAGUUUUAAGACUCCAAUCAAGGAAAUUUUAAAUUCCCUUGAUUCUGACGUCCUAUGUUUCCAAGAAACCAAAAUCUCUAGAAAUCAAGUUGAUGAAUUCACUGCCAUUAUCCAAGAUUAUGUUUCAUUCUUCUCGUUCCCUAAAUAUCAAUCUGGUUAUUCAGGAGUAGCCACUUAUUGCAAAAAUCGUGUUAAGCCUUAUCUUGCUCAAGAUUGUUUUCUUGUCAAUGGUCGUGAUACAAUUAUUGGUCCAUUCCAUACAGCUACAUUUACACCAGCUGAAGUGAAGGAUUUGGAUAAAGAAGGUCGUGUUAUUGUUACUGGACAUCAAUGUAGAACAAAAGAUGGAAAUGAAUUGAAUCUUUUUAUUUUCAAUCUUUAUUGUCCUCAUAAUGAUCCUGAUCGACCAGAAAGGAGUAUUUACAAACUAUCUUUUCAUCGAUUAUUAGAAGAAGUUGCUCACCAUAUACUUAAAGCAGAUAAAUCUAAUCAUGUUUUGAUCAUAGGAGAUAUUAAUAUCAGUCAUCAAAGAAUAGAUCACUGUGACCCAGCUGAUGAUUUUGAGGAAUCUCCUCAUCGUGCUUGGCUAAGUGAAUUCUUGUCUCCAUCUGAAGAAUAUUCUUCUGUUCAUUUUAUUGAUAUCUUUCGUCAGCGUCAUCCCAAAGCAAGAAAUGCAUUCACAUGUUGGAAUACUAAAAACUUGGCUCGUAAAACAAACUUUGGAACUAGAAUUGAUUUUGCAUUAUGUGAUGAUAGAUUCUAUAAAUAUGUGACAGAUUUUGAGAUAUUAACUCAAGUCGAAGGUUCUGACCACUGCCCUAUCCGCGUUACUUUUGGUGAUCUCCAACCUUUACCCAGCCAGCAAUUGCCUAAAAUUUGUACAAAAUUUUGGCCUGAGUUGGGACAAGGUAAAAGACAAACUUCUAUCAAAGGAUUUCUAAUGCAAACUAAAGCACCUCAAGAUGAAAAGACUAUCUGUACUACUGUUUCAAAGACUUUAAUCAAGCCUAAUAUCAAGCCUAAUAACAAGCCUAAUAAAAAAAACAAACAAGAUGGAAUUAGAAAAUAUUUUAAAACUAAUGAAUAUGACCGUUCAGCUCGAGAUGAUGACGACAGUUAUGGAAUGAUGGAACCAGAAAUACCGUCAUAUGAUGACCAAAUUGUUUCCUGCAAUGACUCAGAACGACUUAAUUACGAAAAUAGAGACAACAAAUGUCUUGAUGAUAAAGAAAAAAAGGAUAAUAAUGCUGCUAAAAUCUGGAAAAUGCUUUUACCCGGAACUGUGAUUGCCCCUCUUUGCUCAGCUCAUAAAGAACCCUGCAUUUUAUUAACAGUCAACAAACCAGGGCCUAAUAAAGGUCGAAAAUUUUACGCGUGCUCACGUCCUACUGGAUUCAAAAAUGAUCCUGCUAGCUCGUGUGAAUUCUUCAAAUGGUACAAAAGUUAACUUUAUCUGCUAACUAAAUGUCCAAAAUGUUAUUUUUUAAAUUUUUUAUUCUCAAUUAUUUUCUUACCAUCACUUCUUGAUUCCCGCAUUUACAUGCAAAACGUGUUCAAUUUUUUAAGUGUUUCUACGAAAAUUCAAAAUCACCCAAUAAACUGUAUCGCAGACUCUAAUAUGAAGCUCUACAUUUUACCAUCAUAAUCAAAAGAGCUUUUGUUUCAUGUCAGCAAAGAUCAUUAAAAUUACAUAUCGUCGCUCUGCGAA